GUUUAUUCCAGCACUCUCACACUUUUUUGUCAAUGCAGGUUACGUGAUAAUGGCAUCUGAAGAUUCUAAAAAACUUGCUGGUGAAGUAGAUAGUGAUGAAGUAGAGGUUAUUUCUGUCACAAAGAAGAGUAAUACUGUUGAAGAAGCCAAUGAAGGGCCUGCGAAAGACCUUGUCAAAUCACAAAUUGAUUUGUAUAAGGAUGCCCUGGCCUAUGAAGAGGCUGAGGUGGCCCAGCGCAAAGCUGAUGCUGACCAACAACAUUUCCUGCAGACCAAUGGUGCAAUCAGGAGCAUUAUGCAGGAAAUCCUCAAACUUAAACUGAAGCAGCCUGAAAAAUGUUCAGAAGCUGUUGAAGAGCAACGAGUGAAGGCCAUGAUGCUCAUACUAAACAUGCGCAAACUUAGCCGUACUCAGAAGGUACGCGUUCGUCUUGCCCGAGAGGAAGCCCUGGAUGCUCGUCAGAGUGUGGAUGGCGUGACGCUGCAGUUGCAAGGUUUACUGUACGAAGUGCUGCACUUGCAGAAAGAGGCCCAGCGCUGCCUGCUUGCUCACACUGCAGACAAGGACGUAGACCUGCUGCCUGUCGAGCAGUUCUAUGAGGAAGCCCCACCCAGCAUCUCCAGGCCUGACGUGACUCGGUCGGACCCCCACCAGCAGCGUCUUGCUCGCCUGCACUGGGAGCUGGAACAGCGCCGCGGUCAGACCAGCCUCGGCGAACAGCUCUCCUCUGAGCUGCACAGCGUUCAGGUCAACAUCAGCGAGCUGAACACCAAGCUGGCUGCUAUACGACCCUGCAUCAAUGAUGUGCUCCAGUCGACGAUCCCUCUUCAAGAAGCCCUGGGGCUCCCUCUCACUGCCAUGAGGAAGCAACAAGAGGCAGCUCAGCUCCUGCCCAUGCCACUCUACACUCUCUGGAUGCAGUGCAGCGCAUAUAGUGAGGCCGGCGACCCGCUAGUGUGCAGCAUGAUCAGAGGCGACACAGACGCCGCUGCUAAAUUGCAGCAGCAACAGCAUGAGGAACAGCACAAAACUUCCGCCGCCGCAGCUGCUGCAGAGGCGACAGAAGCGGCGCCCGGCGAUGCUGACUCAGAUAACGAUCCUGAGGACAGCAACGACGUCAGCAGCCACAAGAGUCGAGACCGCAGCGAACGUUCUGGCCGAGGGAAGACUCACGUGCCGAGCAGCAACAGCAGCAGCAGUAAUGCUGCAGCUGUUGACCCCAUGCAGCAGAUGCUCGAGCUACAUCCUCUGCAUGUCGAAGUCACCGUGUCCACUCCAGAUGGCAGCAGUGUGGUGAUACAGUUCCACUACGCGAUGCAGCUUCGCCUCGUCACCACCCGCACCUUCGUCCUCGCCAAGACCUUGCCACCUGUACCUGGCGCCGUCGUCUACACGGACGUGUUAACGGGCCCCGACUUCCUCGACGAGCUCUUCCCUGGCGACGGCGGCGUCGUGUCGCCCAAUCCUGCCACCAUCCACCAGCUGCGCCGCCUGCAGCCGCACUCCGCCUUCCUACAUCACCCCGCUCUCAUCCCGCCUCAGCUGGGCCGUGCCUACAAGUGGGCGCAGCAGCUAGCAGGGCUCGCGUUCCCUGCCCUCCAGCAGGAGGAAACUCGCGCCCUCAAGGACGGCCUCGUCACUGUCGCGGAGGAAAUCGCGCACGAGGGAGGGACGGAGGUGAGCAGCGAGCGCGUUCACGUCACACUGAGCGCCCUGCGACGUCGCCUCAAGGCUCGUCUCGUGCUACAGCAACACUUGCUCAGCCUGCAAAGCGCCAACUCCACCAGCUGCAUCCCUGUACCGAGCGGGAGCGUGAGCGCGCUGUUUCCUGGCAAGGUGAGCUGCGAGCUUGUGUCCUGGCGGCCGGUCAGCUGGCAGGACUACAACGCCUUGUCUGCCACCGCUGCCCUCAGGGACGCUGGUCUCGCCGUCGCCACCUCCUUCUUCUUCCGCGCUUUGUACCAGCGUCGCCAUGUGGAGAUGUCUGCGUAUGUAUGCGUGUCCGCUGACUACCCCAACACUGUUCCGCUGUUCGCCCUCGACCUCAAGUGGGGGGAUCAGCCUUGCCCCCACGCCCAUGUGCAGCAGCUCGAGGCUGAGGUCAACGUGCAUUGGUCUGAUCUGCUGGUCGGAGGCACGGACAAGGCACACAUCUUGCCCUUGAUGCUCUACAGACUCGCCAUGUGCCUCGACGUCUACACUGAGGCUGUCAGCAGCAGGCUGAACCCCUCAGACGCUGCGGGGCCAUUACCUGAUGACUCAAUGCACUUCCAUAAGGAGAAAAUUUUCUUCCGUUCUGCCAGGGGUCCGGACCGAGCCUUCCCUCUCAAGUACCUGCCUAAGCUGCGUGUCUUUGCUCAGCGCUGAAAAUUGUAGUUUUUCUCGAAUAUAGUCUUUGUGUAACGUCUUUUAUCAAGUUAGCAUUCGUAUAUUCAACUUAGGUAGGUGAAUGCUGAGCAAACAACAGCAUUAUAUUUGUCAUGCGCUACAAAAGGUGAUGACUUCCCUCUACCGAGAUAUUUUCAGCGCAGUUUCAAGUUUUUCUGUACCUUUUAAGAAGGAAGGAGAUGUUAGGUGUUCAUUGAAUCUUCAAGUGAUUCGGAGUAGUCCUAUGUAUAACUCGGCAGGCAAAUAAACUACUUUCUAGAUUUUGUGUUCUUUUUGACUUCAUCGUUAGUGUACAUUAUUUGUACUCUUUGUCGAUAUUUUUUUGUUGUGCUCUUCUCCUCCUCAAGUCCUAAAUACACUUAAUUCAGUGAAA